AUAUUGAGACUGACAGGCGAGGUCGACAUAUGUUACUAUGUACUUUAGUAUGGUGUACUUGAUAGAAAAAGCAAAUCCGGAAAUUGCCAGGAGUCAAUGCGAAUAUUAGUAUACCGUCUACAUACCUUUCUUCUGUAACUCAUGUCUCUCCAGUGUCCAUCCUGUGGCAAAGAUGGAUUCAAAACCGACACCGCUGUUGCCUGUCAUAUGAGCCAGCCUCGUUCUGGAUGUAAUAGUUGGCUGGAUGAGUUAAUUCGGCUGAAAUCUCACCUACCACCUGAAGAUGAUCCUAUGGAGUCAGAUAAUGAUGUCAGGGGUUCAUACAAAGAGGAUGAUGAUGAUGAUGUUUAUUUUGGAAACACUGACGACAGUGGUCAGGGCUCACCUGUAGGUGGAGGAUGGGAUGAGGCUAGCGGAACCCCAACAAAGGAUAUUGAAGAAGAAACGCACGGCGACGUUACCGACUACUUUCCAGGCGCUGCAGAGACGUACGGCAUGGACCAUACAUUCUUGGGCCUGUUCAACACCGAUGAAAAUAGUGUCUAUCGCAAGACAAACCUCUACUAUCCGUUUAGCUGUAAGCAAGACUGGGAAAUUGCAUCAUGGUUACUGCGUUCUGGUUUGAGUAUGGGGAAGAUAGAUACCUUCUUAUCACUCGAGAUGAUUAAGGACCUUCCUUUGUCGUUCUGCUCGGCCAAGGAGUUACGAGGACGAGCAGAAAUGUUACCCAGCGGCCCACGUUGGAUGUCACAAAUCAUUGAUACAUCGCAUUCAACAAAAUCACCCAUUAUUUUAUACUGGCGCAAUCCACUGGAGUGUAUAUCUACUAUUCUCAACCAUCCUCUCUUUCACGAUCAAUUGGACUUCACGCCUCGCAAGGUUUAUUCCGCAGCGCAAAAGCUCUGUCGUGUGUAUACCGAGUGGAUGACAGGUGAUGAUGCAUGGAACAUGCAAUCAGCGCUUCCCCAAGGUGCUACAUUGCUUGGGACAAUAUUGUCUUCAGACAAGACAAAUAUCUCAGUUUUGACGGGCGAUCGCGUUGCGCACCCACUCCUUUUCCUGAAGUUUCUCCACAAGAAUAAGCGCAUGCGUGGUGUAUUGGCGGAUCGCCUCAUUCAUCAGUGCCUAGAUAUUGUCCUCAAUCCUGCUCAAGGAGGCCACUCUGCAGUGGCAGUAAUGCUCUCGGAUCCCGUCGGACAGACCUUCUUUCAGGAAGCGCAAAAAUUCCGCUUGAACGGUGUCUUUGAGCCAUUUUGGUGGGACUGGGUGAUUAUAGAUCCGUCCCACUUCUUCACACCCGAGACACUUCACGUCCUUCAUAAGGAAUUUUGGGAUCAUGACGCAAAAUGGUUAAUAUUUGGUGUUGGGGAGUCGGAGAUGGAUUUCCGUUUUUCCGUUUUGCAGCCUGUCACCAGUUUUCGGCACUUCACAGAAGGGAUCACAAAACUCAAACAGGUUACGGGUCGCUGUCAACGAGACAUCCAACGUUCUAUCAUCGCAGUUAGUGCAGAUGCAGCACCCCGUGGAGUUCUUGUCGCCGUACGUGCACUCAUGGAUUUCCGCUAUCUUGUACAGUCACCAUCCAUCGACGAUAACGACUUAGUGCACAUCUCAGCAGCAUUGAAUGAGUUCCACGCAAACAAAGAUUCAAUCAUUGAUGCUGGGGUUCAUUGUGGCAAGGGCAACAAAGUGAUCAAUAAUUGGUACAUACCGAAACUGGAGCUUAUGCAGAGUGUCAUACCCAGCAUUAGGAACUCUGGAGUCACGGCUCAGUGGUCUGCAGAUGUUACCGAGCACGCACAUAUCACCAAGAUUAAGGACCCGGCGAGAUCAAGUAACAACAACAAUUACGAUCCGCAGAUAUGUCGCCAUCUCGAUCGACUCGAUAAAUGUCUUCGGUUUGAGCUCGCUACCACCCUUCUAGAUGAGAAGCAGAAUGUCAAGGCAUUAGCCGAUGCAGCAGGGAGUCAUAUGGACAACAAGGACUACGAGGACACUGACGACGCUGAUUUGGAUGACAAUAUACCUGUUGAGUUCUUAUCUACAAUUCAGCAUGGUCGUUCACGUCCAAUUAUGAAUCAUUUUGCAAUCGCCUGGGUCCUGCAGCACAAACCUGUGGGCUCCGUACCUCUACCGUUGCGUUCGUUUGUCGUUGGGCGCACCGCCUUUCAUUUAGCUUAUAAACCUUCCAUCCAAAGCAUCACUAUUGAUGAUGUAGCCCUCAAAUUUGGCUUGCCAGAUUUGCGACUGGCGCUAUCUGAUUUUCUGCAUCAUGAGGCCAGUUUCGGGCACAACCACACCCAUGCAAUAGGCAGCCCAAGGAGAGCCGGACCCAAUUCUGCGCUUCCUUUGGAGAAAGUUCAAGUAUGGUUCAAACUUCGCUUGCAAGAUACGGAAUUUCACAAUGUUCACAAUAUUCAGCCAGCCCAGACUCUCAAUUGUGUGCCGCCAAGUGAACCUUGGACAUACGGUCAUUAUGAUUCAAUCAUUGUCAAUACCGAAGCGGAACACUCGUGGCCUACUAGCGGUCUUCAGGGCAAACUUAUUUUUCGCCCCCUUGGCAAGACCAGCACACAAUGGGCAUGGCGAGAUCAGUCUCUUACCUACGUUCAUCACUUCGACAUCAUUGGUGUCCGCGAACCAACUAUGCAGAUGCAUGUCCUUAAAAGGGCAAGACGGUCUAAUGGGACUUGCAUAGGGGAUGUUGUACCGAUUUCACAACUGCAUGCGCCCAUUAAUCUAGUUCCUCAGUUUUGUGCCGCCGCAGACAAUCGCCUUACCACUUAUAAUAGUGUUGAGCAUGUGUCGGAGUUAUGGCUGAAUCGUUUUUGGGACAAAAGCACUUACUUCCCUCUUUCAAUGUAG